AUGCCCAAACGGUUGCCUCCGUCGCAAGGUCAUGAGCAUCGCAUGGUUUUGAAAAACCAAUCUGAUAUCGGUUUAUCCUUACCGGCAUGGAGUGUAUGUGGUGUUCUCAAUUACCUGCAAGCACUUGUUGACAAGUCAAUGAUUAUUGAAAUUUUGAAACGGGAGAAAGAGGGACUUGAACGAUUUACUGCAGAUGAUGGGUAUGAUUAUAAUGGUGGAAGUAAUGUUUUGCGAGUAUUCGGGUACUUCAGCAUGGUGGGCUUGCUUCGAGUUCACUGUCUCUUGGGGGAUUACAACACUGGGUUGAAGUGCUUACUUCCAAUUGACAUUAGUCAGCAUGGUCUUUAUAGUACUGUAAUUGGAAGCCACAUCGCUACUAUUUAUUACUAUGGUUUCGCAAAUCUUAUGCUACGAAGAUACGUUGUGGCGGUUCGCGAAUUUAAUAAAAUUCUUUUGUAUAUGUACAAGACAAAACAGUAUCAUCAGAAAUCUCCGCAGUAUGAGCAAAUUCUGAAGAAAAAUGAGCAGAUGUAUGCUUUGUUGGCAAUUUGUCUUUCUCUCUGUCCCCAGACAAAGCUUGUUGAAGAAACUGUGAACUCGCAGCUUAGGGAGAAGUAUGGUGAGGAAGAUGAUUGA